AAAAAAAUAUUGUGAAAUGUAUUCAGUAUCGGCUGAAAACUCUGUUAACACAGUGUAUAUUGGAAUUGAUGAACUUUGUUUUGAUAAAGAUGAAAUAGACAGCAAAGACACUUGUACUAAAUUACAAUUGAAAGACAACAUUACAGCUUAUAUUGAGAAGAGAGAAUUGGAUAGAAAUACUGAACCAUUGGAAUGUGAUAGUGCUUUAUUAGAAAAAGUUACAUCCAACUACAUUAUUGUGAAGACAAUAUUAAGUAAUCUACGUUGGCAAGAUAAGCUUGUAUGUAAACUUGUAUGUAGUACUUGGCGUUCAGCGGUGCAGGCACUGCAGAAAGAACAAUUGUGCCCAGAAGACUUUGUUGUUGACCUUUGCAGCCCAGCAAAGGGUGGUGGAGGUAAAGGAUGGUUCAAACAGUCGGGUACUUUCCGCUCAGAGCCCCUAGUUGUCUUUACAUUUGGGAAUACAGCUGGCAUGUUUUUCUGCUGCAAAUGCAGAGUAUUUUCCCCCAGGCUAUGUGAAGAACCUUGUCAGAUGGAGCAUUGCUUAAUAGAUUUGAUAAAUCGUCAUGUUAAUGCUCCAAAGAACUGCAUGGUGACAGCAACAGCUAACUAUUUGGUAUACAGGCCUCUACCAUUUACAAAUACUUAUGUACAUUCAAUAACUCAUUAUACAGACAGAUGGAAUAAUCCAUUCCUUGCCGGUAUAUAUGUACCCAAGAUACCUAAUGUUGGAUUAAAAGUAAUAAACAUCAAAUCGCAAGAUACCUUAAAGGCAGAUUUUUAUGAUGUUAUCAAUGAGUUAACACAAGAUAAUUUAAUCAAAGGUGUUGUAGUGUAUGUCACCGACAAGUAUCUACUAAAUUCAAUUGAUGAUAUAGUAUUUUUGCAUUAUCUUAAAGAUGUGCAACCAGAUAUACCAUAUGCUCUUGGAGGCUGUCUUGUUGAAGAUACAAUCACCAACGGCAAAGAUAUUGAUACUAUAAUUGACAAAUUAAAUGAAAAUGCCGAUUUUAUAAGUGAAAAUUUACUUUCUAUGUGCUUGUUCACUGUACCAAAGAAUAUCCCUGAUACUGAAUAUAACUUUGAAAUGUACAGUGUUGUUAUCAAUUCAUCGGAAUGGAAAAAACCAUUUAUACAACAAGCAAUUACAGAGUUUUCAAAUAAUGUACCCCGGUUUGAACACAGCAUCGCCUUAAAACUGUCAUGUGUGGGUCGCGAUCAGAAGCAUGUUAUUGAGCAGGAUUUCUUUCGUGACGCUUUCCCGGACACACCUAUAGUCGGUUGCUAUGGCAACGGUGAGCUAGGCAUCAACCACCCUGCCAGAGUUAAACCGGAGCCAUCCUCCCCUGCUGCCAAAAGAUACAAAGAUGCCUCGAAACCUCACCAUGGAGUCAUGUAUUCAUAUUCAACAGUUUUUGUUUACAUUGGUUGGGGUAAAAUGACGUCACCCAAAGGACCUCUACGUAGAUAAACAGGUUAACCACCAGUUUUUUUGAAUAAUUUUCAAAGCCUAUUAAACCAAAUAGUGUAUUCACCGGACUUCAUGUGGACACAACAUUAUUUAUAUUAAAUUGUAGUACAACUUCAUAAAAUAGUUCUCUGAAUGGUACAGAUGAGUCUGUGUGAAUGGAUCUUUAGAUUAAGUGCAUUUUAAAUGUUAACCAGGAUUAUAUAUGGUGAACUCUGAGACCUCUAUUUCUAGUUCUAAUUGUCUUUAGUAAAAAAAGUAAAUUGUAUCUAUUUGUUUUCAUAAAUAAUGCACAACCAUGAUGUAUUCGCGUUGUUUAUAAAGGAAAGGUAAUUUUUAAUUUGUUGUCUGUCCGCAAAUACUCAUUUAUGCCGGAUAAUCUCUGAAAUGGCCUGACCGAUUCUGACGGGACUUGGACUGGAAGAUAGCUGAGAAUAACGUAGGAUCAUUUUAAUUAAUUUUAGCCUGAUAAAGACGCGGGCGAUCUUUAGUUAUAUAAUUUAAUUUACGGUAUUGUUGUCUCUGUUUUUCCACAAAGAAUGUAAGGGAUAACAAUAUGUGUCAUACAAGUGUCACUGCAGUUCAAAACCGUGAUAAAAGUUUAUUAUUUUGUGUUUUGUUUGACAAUUGUAUCGACCUUGAAGACUAUUUAUUAUUAAAGCUUUAUAUGUGUUUACAAUUUUCAACUUCGACACUGUGCCGUUGAAUGAUAAGAAAGGACGCAUUACGGACGGAUAGCAUUACUGCCGCCCUGGGCGAGAUUUUUGGUGUAGAGGGAAAUCAUCCAAAGAUGGGGCGUCAUAUAAGGGCGACCUGGACGCCCAUUUACAUCCAGCCCGGCGCCCUGGGCGAUCGCCCUAC